UCUGUAUUGAUGGCAGAAGGAAACCGGACAAGAGUUGGGGAGUUUAUCCUCAUGAGCUUCUCUUCGCUACCUACUGAAAUACAGUCACUACUCUUCCUGACAUUUCUAAUCAUCUACCUGGUCACGCUAUUGGGAAACAGCCUCAUCAUUCUUGUUACCUUGGCUGACCCCAUGCUGCACAGCCCCAUGUACUUCUUCCUCAGGAACUUGUCCUUCUUGGAGAUUGGCUUCAACCUAGUCAUCGUGCCCAAGAUGCUGGGGACCCUGCUUGCCCGGGACACAACCAUCUCCUUCCUUGGCUGUGCCAUGCAGACGUAUUUCUUCUUCUUCUUUGGAGUUGCUGAAUGCGUCCUCCUGGCCACCAUGGCAUAUGACCGCUAUGUAGCCAUCUGCAAUCCCUUGCACUACCCAGUCAUCAUGAACCAGAGGACACGUGCCAAAUUGGCUGUUGCCUCCUGGUUUCCAGGCUUUCCCAUAGCUACUGUGCAGACCACUUGGCUCUUCAGCUUUCCAUUCUGUGGCACCAACAAGGUGAACCACUUCUUCUGUGACAGCCCACCUGUGCUGAGACUGGUGUGUGCAGACACAGCAAUGUUUGAGAUCUAUGCGAUUGUUGGAACUGUGCUUGUCGUCAUGAUACCCUGCUUGCUGAUCCUGUGUUCCUACAUUCGCAUUGCUGCUGCCAUCCUUAAGAUUCCAUCAGCUAAAGGGAAGCAUAAAGCCUUCUCUACCUGCUCCUCCCACCUCCUUGUUGUCUCCCUUUUCUAUGUGUCAUUAAGCCUCACCUACUUCCGGCCUAAAUCCAAUAAUUCGCCUGAGAGCAAAAAGCUGCUGUCAUUGUCCUACACUGUUGUGACUCCCAUGUUGAACCCCAUCAUCUAUAGCCUGAGAAAUAAUGAAGUGAAGAAUGCCCUUGGCCGGACCUUCCACAAGGCUUUCGGCCUUAGAAUUUGCAUCCCAUAGACAUUAAGAAAUGAGAGUAAAGUGUACUCAAUGUGGAGCAAUCAGGUUCAUAUUUGGGAUUUCUCUGCCUCCCUUGCCAUCUCUGUUGGGAUGAAACCCAGCUGCCGAAAUGAUUAUUGGGAAGCUCAGAAGAGGGAAAAGAGCAGAGAAGUAGGUUGGCCCUGUUUCUACCACCUGGAAACUCCUCUGUUCAUUGUAGGUUUAC